UCCGAUGUGUAUGCAAAAACUGGAAAAAUCUCUUCAAGACUCCAUAUUUCAUCGUCCUUGCUGUAUCAAUUCUCUGACUCCUGUCAAUAUCUUCUAUUCCUGCAAAGAUUGGCUCUGUCUUGAAUUCACCGAUCGCGACGACGACAACGACGACGACGAGGACAUGGCUCCUAAUAAUCCCCUUUUACUGUGGAAUCCAACAACCAGAGAGGUAAAACAUGUGCCUGGAAAUAGUAUUGUCAAAUCCAAUGGACACUCGUACAUAGGGUUUGGUUUUAGUCUCCGAGUUAAGGAUUACAAGAUAGUGAGGAUUCACGUUGAUGAGUUGAAUGAAAAGGUUGAUGGAGUGGAAGUGUAUUCAAUGAGCACAAAUUUGUGGAAGGAAAUAGGGUUUGUGAAGGAUCUGGAUAACGUGACUAUGAAUUCGAGCACGAUCACUGUGGGGGGAGAGAUGGAAUGGUAUGGAUGGAAACGAGAGAGAGAGGAUAAACAAGAAGAUAAUUAUGAUAUGAUGGUUAAGUUUGACAUAGCCUCGGAAAAGUUUUCUGUGUCAUAUGAGCCUGAUUUGUCUGCUCGCUUGCUAUUUCAUAAUUAUAUUAGGCUCUCUGCUCGAGGAAUGCGAAGCUUGAGCUGUUGAGGAGGCUACAAAGGAGGAGAAAUUCUUGCUUUGAUCUCGAUGGAGCGUUAUGUCAUUUGUGGGUUUUGGAAUAUACAACAAGCAAGAUUAUUUACAUUUUAGCUAAUUAACAUAUUUUUAGCAGAAGCAUUAUUUAUCAAAUUUCUAUUCUCU